CCUGGAGCAAUGCUUCGAUCAAUGGCGGGGCAGGCAACUUGGAAUCCCAGAUUUGGAUCUGGGCUUGGCACGUUACGUAAGGGCACAACAGGGAUCCCCGGUUCAGGGAGCUUGGGCCCCCAGAAGCUGGUAAGCGCCGCCGGGACAGCAUUAACUUCUAGAAUGAUAUCGGGCAACGACGUCGGUCCAUAUUUUCCAGCUUCACAAAACCCCCGGCCCGAGUUUACCCAAACAUCACCCCAGCAUCUCUUGGUCGAGUCGUCGAUUCUGCAUCAACCAUCGAUAUUGUCAACCACAGUCAACCAUCUCUACAAAGCAGGCAUCCGCGUGCGCGGCCGACAAAGACCAAAGUCAACAAACCACCCACCCACUCGAGCCUCGAGGACAAAACAACCAUGUCCCUCGCCCCAAACUCCCCUCGUCUCCCCAGCCCACCACCUCCAGCCGAGAUCCAAAUAGGUCCCAAAUCCCCCAUGAUGGGCGCCCACCAUCCUCCCCCAAUAGAACAAACCGCCCUCGACGCAAACUCCAAACGGCGCAUCCACCCCGGCACCAAAGCAGCCGACAUGCACGCUGGUCCCCCUCUUGUUCCCCUCCAAGAACUUGACUCGGCCUUCCAACUCCAAGAACACCUCUCAGCCCUCCACUACCACCACUCCUCCUCUAACACCAGCCCCAUAACCCGCACCACCGCCCUCCUCCUCGCCACCCCGCCCCCAGGAAUCGACAAAACCCUCUGGCUCUACGAACUAUGCCGCUUUCUCGUAGCCCACUGCAACAAACUCAUCGUCCAGUUCCUCUUCGACACCCCGCCUUGUUCCGCCCAGACAUGCCCAGAGAUGCGCGCUUCAGAAUGGCAGUUUCUGUGCGCGGUGCACGACGCGCCAAAGUCCUGCUGCGCGAUUGAUUACUGCUGCCACACGCUUGACUGGGCGGCCAAUGUCGUUACCAACCCCAAGAUCUUCCCCAGCAGGUUUGUGGUUGACAGUCACGACAAGAACCAAGCGGUGAAGAAUUUGGUCAAUGUCUUUAGACGGCUGCACAGGAUUUUUGCCCAUGGUUGGUUUCAGCACAGGCAGGUGUUUUGGAAGGUGGAGGGGGAGACGGGGCUGUAUGUUUUUUUCAAGACGGUCUGUGAUGUUUACGAUCUUUUGCCGGCGGAGAACUACAAGCUGCCGCCCGAGGCGGAAGGGCUGCCGAUUGCUGGGGAGGAAGAGGAAAAGACAGCAGGAGGGGGGAAGAGACAGGGCGGGAUAACGAUUGCGAAACCGCCUCCGAGGGUGGCGGAGCUGAGCGGGGAGGAUCCGGGGUUGAGUAGGACCAAUACCCGGAGACAUAUCAAGUCUAGCCCGUCCACGGGGAGCUUUAUCAUGCCUGUUCCUGAAGCGGACGAAGAUGACAGCCCUGGGGGUCAUGCUGAGCUUUCAAGGAGGUUGAGCGUGAUGAGCAUAUCUUCGGGGGUGAGCGAGACGGGAACUGUGGUGGAGGCGGGACGACCGGAGGAGGAGGAGGAGGAGGGGGGUCCGGAGGGGGAGAUUCCGGUUAUUGUGGAGGUGUUGAAGGAGCCGGUUAGGUCGGGGAGUGUUAUUCCCCCUCCUAAAACGACAAAGGCGGAGGAGAAGAAACUCGAAGAAAAUUUUGCGGACGAGCCGGAGAGCUAUUCUGGUGUUAGUGCUACUGCGAAGGAGGUUUUGGCUUCACCGCCGGAGGAGGACAAGAAAUUGGAGGGGGAGGAGAAAAAGGGAGAUGAUAAGGGGAAGCGUAUCGAGGAGGGGCAGGGUGGCGCUAAGGAUGCUCAAGAAGAAGAAGAGGAGGAGGAGGAGACAGAUGGGGAAGUUGAUGACGUUACUGUCGUUGGUGGCGGGGCGGAGGAGGAGGUUGAGAUUGAGGAAACCGCCCCUGCUGCGGCAACAGGAGAGGGUAAAGAUAAGAAGAGGGAAGAAGAGGAGGACAAGCCGGUAAAGGAGCUGGAUUAGGAGACUUACUCUGCAGGGAGCUACAAGAAGGAGAAGGAGAAGCCAGAGACGAAGGAGAAGAAGCCAAAGACGAGGCUGGACCAAAAGACCUAUCUUCGGGGUUCUUCUGGGCCUUCUGGGUCUUCUGGGUCUUAUAAGCGGGGGGCCGGGGGGAUAAUGCGUCGCUGGAGUUCAUAGAUCUUGAGUCGAGGUUUAUAAAUGCUAGUCCUAGGUGAGGAAAGAAGGAGGUAUAGCGUUGUUUUGUAGGAAUGUUUUUGGGGUGGUUAAACAUCCUUUGUAAGCGUAGAUGAAUAUAUCACAGUAUUAUCCUGUAAACA